AUCCCCAUUGGGGCCACACAUAACACCACAAGACACCAGAAGGCAAAUUAAACCAGACGCUAAAUACUGCGCAGUUGUUUGAAUCCUGUGCUGUGUUUCCGGUUUCGUUUUACGUGGAAAGAUAAAAAAAGAAGGCAUAUCACAACGGGCUGUUAAAAGACUCAUCAAAUAGUCAAGGGGACAAACGAGCGAGUCUAAAAUGGAAUCUGGUAAACCCACUGCCCUCAUCCUGUCAGUGCUUCUUCUAACUGCAACCUUCCCAACAGGUUCUGCUAUGGGUUGGGGUGUAGUCAUAGGGGGUGUUGCAGCAGCAGUGGCCGCACCCUUUGCCUUGCCAGCUAUAGGGUUUGGAGCAGCUGGAAUAACAGCUGGGUCUUAUGCAGCAUCACUGAUGAGUGCAUCUGCCAUUGCCAAUGGUGGAGGAGUGGCUGCUGGAAGCAUGGUUGCUAUUGCACAGUCCUUAGGUGCUGCAGGCAUUGGAGCUUCAGGGGUGAUUUCAGCAGGAGCAGUUGGAGCAGCUGCAGGUGCAGCGGUGGAUCAUGCAAUGGAAUAGAAAAUGAUUGAUGUUAAAUGUUUGAUUUGAGUUCGAAUAUAGACAUAGAAAAAUGAUUAAUGUUAAAUGUUUGAUUUGAGUUCAAAUAUAGACAUAGAAAAAUGAUGUUAAAUGUUUGAUUUGAGUUCGAAUAUAGACAUAGAAAAAUGAUUAAUGUUAAAUGUUUGAUUUGAGUUCGAAUAUAGAAAUAGAAAAAUGAUUAAUGUUAAAUGUUUGAUUUGAGUUCGAACAUAGACAUAGAAAAAUGAUUAAUGUUAAAUGUUUGAUUUGAGUUCGAAUAGACAUAGAAAAAUGAUUGAUGUUAAAUGUUUGAUUUGAGUUCAAAUAGACAUACAAGGUAUACUUGUCAGCUUUAAAGAUGAGUCUGGUAUUUAGAUAACUCAGUGACCCAUUUAGCUUAGGCAAAAAGAAGAACAAUGCUCUUAAAACACAAAAUAUUUGUUAAGCAAGAUCAUUGUAAACCCUACUUUUCUGAUUGUUCUACUUUCUACAUUAUUGUCUCAAAACUUUCUUUGCAUGUUAUUUGUUUGUUUGGCUUAGAACUAACUCCAUUGUCUUAUUAAAAAUGUUUCUAGGUUUUGAAUUGUUAUCUGGUUUGCAUGUUGAAAUACAUAUACAGUAAUGAGAGAAAGUGUCCGCAUUACAUCGAGAAACAUUCCUAAAACUGAAGAAAAUGUAAAUCACUAUGGUCACAUAAAUAAACAUACUGAAUACAGGCCAAUA